AAUAGAGCGUUCGCGUAAGGCGCGAGAACGAAGGGAGGAGUGAGACAGCUCAGUAAAGGAUAUCACCAAGCUUGUUUAGACUAUCACAACACUUUGCUAUGACUUCAGUCUUGUCAAGCACAUUGGAGAUGACGGAACUAUACAAUCAGAAUCGACGCCUGAAUUCAUUGUCACGCUACCAGACAUCAAUGGAUAGACGACACAUUGGCAGCAACCUGAACAGACACCGUAACCUGUCGGGCCCUACGACAGUUACAGGAACCGGCAGUACCCUGGCGCGGACACUCGACAACCGCGCCCUGGCCACCCCUCCCCCCGGAGUACCCGGUUCUCACAGCAGUGUGGGCAAGGAAGUCUACUCCUUAACACAAAACGCGACCACAGUGCUAGUGCGAGAGAACGGCAGCCAGCUUCACGCUCAAGGGAGUAACAGGGAGUGCGCUCGUACAGGCAGCAGCAACACUGGGAGUACCAGAGAGCACGUUCGUGACCACCGACGUCUGGACCGUAGCGCCAGCGACAACGAGCACGACCGCCUGAGGAACCAUGGUAGUGGUGGUGGUAGGGGUGUGAACUCGUCACGAUACAAGACCGAGUUGUGUCGGCCAUUCGAGGAGAGUGGACACUGCAAGUACGGCGACAAGUGCCAGUUCGCGCACGGCGCUCACGAGCUGCGCAACUUGGCGCGCCACCCCAAGUACAAGACAGAGCGGUGCCGCACCUUCCACACCAUCGGCUUCUGCCCCUACGGCCCUCGCUGCCACUUCAUUCACAACGAGGACGAGCGGAUCAACAAAAAUUACACCAACCAGCAACAGCAGCAGAGGAUGCUAACUGCAGCCGCAGCAGCCUCCUCCUCCCCGUCCCUGGUGGCGCAGCGACCUACCAAUUUGCACGGGCUGGCGGCCUUGGGAUGCAGCUUCGAUUCCUCCACCACAUCAUCCAGUUCUUCGUCGCCUGGCCACCUGUCGCCGGUGUUUACGGCUGACGAUGUCCUGCCGUCCAGUUCCUCCUCUCUUUCGCCUGCAUCGUCAUCCUCCGACUCCGGCUCGCCCCGCUCAAGCCCGGUCUUCAAUUUCCCCGCCUCGGACGCCAGCGGUGUUGCGUCUCUCCUGACCCCCCUGAACAUUCAGACCCAGCAGUUUUACAACAACAUGGUGGACAUGGCGGCUCUGCAGUUCUCGGCCAUGCUUAACCUGAAGAACCAGCACGGCAGCUGUGCCACCUCGGCAGUCAUGAAUGUCACGGCCAACUUCGCAGCCAGAAGUAUAGUGCCGGACUCGGCUGCAGGAGCGGAAGAUUGUUGGACCGGGUCUGACUUUCUGUCGGACGCCGCCGACUUGGCCUUCCCACUUCCCCCCGGCUCCCCAACUCACUGUCGGAUGAUAGCAUGGGCAGCACAGGCAGUUUAUCGUCUGUCAGUGGCAGCGUUUGCGACACCCUCCCCCCAGUCUUCACCAUGUACGACUCUCCUCUUGAUCUCGGAAAGUCCCUCCGACUUCCCAUCUUCAAUAACCUGAAUUCAAGUAUGUGAGGACUGAGCAAUGCCACCUUUCUGCUAACCGCUCCACCUCCCCCAGACCUUCCACACGGCUCCUUCGCGUAACAUAAAGAAACAGCACCUAUAUAUAAAUUAUCGCAGCAAGACUUCUUGUGUGUGACUUUUUAUUAUAUUGCAUAAACCCGUACUUCCAUUUCCGUCAUGUUCCUGAGAUGGGUGUGGGACAGUUUUUCGCAUGGAUUCGACCGUGCUUGUGAUAAGCAGGCAUUGGAUUUUUAACACUGCCCAGCGCUGUCGUAAUGCAGACGAAAGGACAAUUCUCAAGGUAAACUAGCUCUACCACGCGCAUUUUAAGUGUCAACAGAAGAAGUGAAAGAUGUAUCUAUCCUUUUGAUGUGAACAGUUGAAUUGCUCUCUGGUUCGAGAUUUUACGAGUGCACAAGAUGAGUAAGAGCGUGUAUGUAUGGAGCCUGAGAUGCAGACUUGAGUGCUUUUAACACAAGUGUAUAUUGAAUGGUUGGCCUUGUUACGCUGUGUCAAACAGUGCUAAAAAUUUAAAGAAAAUAAAUUAUGUUCAUGUAAAGGUCGAUUUUUUCAUUCCUUGGACUAUUUAUUUGACACCCAAGAAAGCUUUCAAACGCCACGAGGUGGCAUCUUAAUGGACCAAGCAGACUUCUUUAACUUUUUUUUGUGUUACAUUUUUCAGUUAAAUAUCCAAUAAGUAUUUUUAUCAAUCCUUGAUGUUCACGGGCGCCACAAUGUAUUUAUGUCGAUCCGCGCCAUCUUCCUUACCUUCCUUUCCCCCCAGGGUCUACGGGGUCCCAGUUUUCGCUCCAGUGGCUCAUGUCUUGAGACACGAAGCGCCAAAUUGAUGUUUUGACAAUUUGCAUUGGAUCAUCUACCUUGUAUCAUUUCAUCGGCAGAUUUUCACUUAAUUUAUUUCAUGUAUUUAAAGAGAAUCGGUUCGAGUAAUUGCAUUUUUUUUUUGGUCAGAGGCCGACGUGUUUAUGUAAGGCGCGUUUUAACGGUUUAAAGAGCGGACCUGUUGCCGGUGAGUUUGCUGCCACAUGUGCCUUGUCCCCCAGCAACUUGUACGGGUUCUAUUCCCUUAAUAUAAGGCUUUCUUCUAUGCAAUUUAAAUAGGUUGUGGUCGAGCGGGUUUAAAUGUAGGUUACGCUGUGAAAACAUAUUUUCAACAUCUAGGGAAAAAAAUUUAAGUUAGUGGAAGGCACGCGCCCUGGCAGAAACGCGUAAUUUAUUAUAAACCUUUCCCAGCCUAGUGUCGGAAAAGGGGAUACUGGGAUUUUACAUAUAUCACUCAAGUGUGUUCAUCUUUUAUUAUAUGGCAUUGCAUUUUGUAGGAGGAGGGUACCUGUUUUUUAAGGUGCCUUUAGUUUGAUCAUUCAGCUUAAAUGUUCUGUCUUCUUCAGUUUUAACAAUACUUUUGUGUGGUCAAAGCCAUUUUUUCAUUUCUGUGUGUUUUGUAUUUUCAUAUGUAUAAUACAUCAUGUAUUUAAUGAUGAAAAGACAAACAAGUACUUUUUUAACAAACUGUUUCAAUAAAGACUUGUUCUCCUAUA